AUUCUUUAAAUUUUAUCAAUGUCCACUUAAACUAGAACUUGGGUUGAUGAUGUCGAACUUAAUAUUUCUUAGUUGUCUGAUUCCAUUAGGACAAAUGUGAAAUAACCAAUUUGUGAUUUGGUAAAUCAAAUUCCUUUUAAUGAAUGGAAAAAUACUUAUUAUCUUCCAUUAAGCAAUCAAUAUGAGAAAUGGCCAGAAAGGUUUACUUAAUUUAAAUACAAUAAUAUAUUGAGUCUAGGAAAUGAAAACUAAAGGCUAAUUUUUCUUGGAUUAAGCACAUUAGCCAUAGUAUCCAUUUCAAAAAGAUGUACAAUAAAAGUAUAAAAUUAAUUUAGUUUCUUCUGGAUUAUUGCCAAUCUUAAGAAAUUCUGUUGUGACCUAUUUUGGAUUGGGAUUGAUUGUUGCCCCAGAAAUCUAUAAUCCUUUGUUGGUGAAUAAAAAGAAUUGAAAUAUUGC